AUGCAGUACUCUCUUGCCGCCAUCCUCGCCCUCGCUGGCUCCGUUAUUGCCCAGACUCCUGGCUUCCACGCCUUGGUCAAGCCGGUCCGCGAUGAGGUCAUCCCCGCUGGCAAGCCUUACACUCUCGAGUGGCAGCCCGGUGGCCAGGACGGCCCCGUCAACUUUGUCCUGACCGGAGGCGAGACUCACGCUCUCCUGCAGGAGAUUGGCACUGUUGCCACUGGCAUCGACUCCAAGGUCGGCAGCUACAUCUGGAACGUCGACGCCUCGCUCGGCGACAAGAAGGCGUACGGCCUCAAGAUCGUCCUGGCUUCGGACCCCACCGUCUUCCAGUGGUCGAACCCCUUCACCAUCAAGCCCGUCACCGACAAGCCCGUGACCAACAGCACCAGCUCUGCCGCCCCGUCUACCAUCACCUCUGCCUCGAGCGCCGCCCCCACCGCUGCCGCGACCACUCUCGUCAAGACCAACAGCACCACCACCAUCCCUAGCAACUCGUCGAUGACUGCCACCAAGUCGGGCGCUCCCGGCUCUCCCACCACCCUCACCCAGACCGCCACCCAGGGCGUUCCCCAGGCCACCCGCACCACCACCCCUUCGUCUCCCCAGGCUACCGGUGCCGCCGCUGCCUUUGGCUUCAGCUCGGCUGCUCUGGUUGGUGGUGUCUUCAUGGCUGUUCUUGGUCUGUAA